AUGGUGGUUGACAAGGGAUUACCAUAUCACUCAUCUCUCCUCUACGCCACCGUCGCCGACCUACGCUCCGCCCGUCAACGAUGCCCAUCUGAUCCUGCUCCUUCUUGGUUCAGUCCCAAAAGGGGAAACGAGGCUUAUAAGAGUGGAGAUUUAUCAGAAGCCGAAGUAUGUUAUUCAAAGGGUAUUAGUUCAAUACAACAUACAGAGACACCUGGAGAUUUAUCAGAAGCCGAAGAAGGUCAACUUAAGAUCUGCAAAAUUAUUAUCCUCACAGAAUGGAAUCCUUACCAGAAGCUAUAG